AGAUGCUUGUGAGAUCCCUUCUAGCUCUAAAUCUAUGAUCCUAAGGAGGGGGAGCUAUCACGAUGGGGCCCAGAGUCCCCUAGAAACUGAGCAGUCCUGAUGUGUCCUCUGCCUCUCAGCUUCGGGGUUCCUGCUCUCCAGAGCCAACCCAAGCGCAUCCAUGCAGCCACCCACCGCUAGGAGGAAAUCACAGAGGCAGCCGUGGUGAAACAUAAAGUUUAUUCGGCUAAAAGUGACGCAAAAAUUCUUUAAGAGCUCUUUGGCAGCCGAUUAUCUGGAAAUCAGACCAUGUGAGGGGGACUGGAGUACAAAAACCUCCCCCACCUCAUGGGCUGCUCGCACGCUCGAAGUCAGGCACGAGAGUGACUUCAGGGGCAGGGGGAUUCAGACUUGAAUAACACUCGGGGGAGAAGGCGCUCAGAAUCAUCUGGCACACAGGACCUGUAGCCUAGUUGCUGUAAAGUUGUGAGGACAUCCAAGAGCUGGGGAAGGGGCUCUUAUUCCAAUUGGCUACAAAUGGACAUAAGCACCAUCUGCUAAACACCAGGAUGGAGACCACCCUUCUGAAUUCUAAGAAAGAGCAGUCAGCCUGCAAGGAUGGAGAAGACUGCCAGGAAAAUGGCAUUCUGCAGAAGGGACUCACUGGCCCGGGGAACAAGGAGGAAGCGAGACACAUCUCAAAUGGGUACUCGGCUGUUCAGAGUACAGGUGUGGAAGGGGACACCCGCAACUCCAUCCCAGCAGACAACACCACCAUAGGCACCGAAGGACACCAAGGGGAACGAGAGACCUGGACCAAAAAGAUGGACUUCCUCCUCUCGGUCAUUGGCUACGCUGUGGACCUUGGCAAUGUGUGGCGCUUCCCAUAUAUAUGCUACCAAAAUGGAGGAGGGGCCUUCCUCAUACCCUACACCAUCAUGGCCAUUUUUGGUGGGAUUCCUCUGUUCUAUAUGGAGCUAGCUCUGGGCCAGUAUCAUCGAAAUGGCUGCAUUUCAAUAUGGAAGAAAAUUUGCCCCAUUUUCAAAGGGAUUGGCUUCGCCAUUUGCAUCAUCGCUUUUUACAUUGCCUCCUACUAUAACACCAUCAUGGCCUGGGCUCUGUACUACCUCAUCUCUUCCUUCACGAGUCAACUGCCCUGGACCAGCUGCAAGAACUCCUGGAACACUGACAAUUGUACCAACUACUUCUCAGAAGACAACAUCACCUGGACCUCCCACUCCACAUCACCUGCUGAAGAAUUUUAUACGCGCCAUGUCUUACAGGUUCACCAGUCUCAAGGACUAGAUGAUGUGGGGGGCAUUAGCUGGCAACUGGCCCUCUGCACAAUGUCGAUCUUCACUAUUGUCUACUUUAGCAUCUGGAAAGGGGUCAAAUCAUCUGGCAAGGUGGUGUGGGUGACAGCUACUUUCCCUUAUAUUAUCCUGUCCAUCCUGCUUGUAAGGGGGGCCACACUUCCAGGAGCCUGGAGAGGUGUCGUUUUCUACCUGAAACCCAAUUGGCAGAAGCUCCUUGAAACUGGGGUCUGGGUGGAUGCUGCAGCUCAGAUUUUCUUCUCGUUGGGUCCUGGCUUUGGUGUCUUACUAGCUUAUGCUAGCUAUAACAAAUUCAAUAACAACUGUUACCAAGAUGCCCUGGUGACUAGCAUCAUAAACUGUAUGACAAGCUUCAUGUCUGGAUUUGUCAUCUUCACUGUGCUUGGUUAUAUGGCGGAGAUGAGGAGUGAAGACGUGUCUGAAGUGGCUAAAGAUACAGGGCCCAGCCUGCUUUUCAUCACAUAUGCAGAAGCCAUCGCCAACAUGCCGGCCGCCACCUUCUUUGCUAUCAUUUUCUUCAUAAUGAUGAUCACUCUGGGCUUAGACAGCACGUUUGCAGGACUUGAGGGCGUGAUCACUGCGGUGCUGGAUGAAUUCCCACACUUCUGGGCCAAACGCCGGGAGUGGUUUGUGCUUGCUGUGGUCAUUACCUGUUUUUUUGGAUCUCUGUCCACCUUGACUUUUGGGGGCGCCUAUGUGGUGAAGUUGCUGGAGGAAUACGCCACCGGACCAGCGGUUCUCACAGUGGUGCUGUUAGAAGCAAUCGCCGUGUCUUGGUUCUAUGGUAUCAACCAGUUCUGCAGUGACGUGAAAGAAAUGGUUGGUUUCAGCCCCGGUUGGUUUUGGAGGAUCUGUUGGGUAGCAAUCAGCCCAAUAUUUCUGCUGUUCAUCAUCUGCAGCUUUCUGAGCAGCCCUCCAGAGCUGCGGCUCUUCAAUUACAAUUACCCUCGCUGGACCGUCCUCCUGGGAUACUGCAUCGGGACUUCUUCCUUCAUCUGCAUUCCUGCCUAUAUAAUUUAUCGGUUGAUCAUCACUCCAGGGACAUUCAAAGAGCGUAUUCUUAAAAGUAUCACUCCAGAAACACCUACAGAGAUUCCCUUUGGAGAUCUUCGCUUGAAUCCUGUGUAGCAAGUAAUGGACAAGAGGAAAAAACUUCCCUAUCAAUUCCCACCCUCUACUUGUCGCCCCUUCUCCCCUCCAAGUGAACUGAGUUUUCAGCUGAGCCAAGGAAAGAGAGGACAUUCUCCAUAAAGGCCCAGCUUCAAGACACUGGUGCCUAGAAUCUCAUGACCUCCAGCCUUCAGAUCCACCUCCUUCCAUGAAAUUAGCUCGGCACUUAUCAAACUCAACUCAGAAACUGAAGCUCAACUGGUUCAUUUUGGAUGUGGGAGGAUUUUGUUGUGCGUACGUGACUGCUACCGUAUGAAAUGGGUGAAAGGGAUCACAGAAACCACUCGUGGACAAAUAGCAUCAGUUAGGAUUACAUUUAGUCUUGAGUCUGUGUGAGUGUCUUCUCAGUGUGAUUUGUAUCGGACCAUAUUGUGUUUGCUCCUAAGGGUUUCACUGUCAAAUGAGUCUAUAAACUGUGUAGGACGACACAGAAAUUGUUCUGAUAGCCAUAUAUAUAUAUAUUCUCUGAGUAACACAGAAUCUGUGGCUGGAAACUAAUGGAACUCUCUAAUCCUUCCGCGCUGUGAGUCUUGCAGAGGAAGUUGUAGGAAGCUAACCUGAAAGGUGCUAGGUGUGUGUGUGUGUGUGUGUGUGUGUGUGUGUGUGUGUGUGU